AUGAGUGAUCUUAUCAUUGGUCUUUCAGACGGUCUUACUGUUCCCUUUGCAUUAACUGCGGGUCUCUCCUCUUUGGGUGACAGCAAGCUUGUUAUCACUGGUGGAAUGGCCGAGUUAGUUUCUGGUGCCAUUUCUAUGGGACUUGGAGGAUAUUUGGCCGCGCGUUCAGAAUCCCAGUAUUACAAAGCACAGGUCCAUAGAGAGAGACAGCUCUUCUUCGAGAAUCUCGACCUGAUCGACCAGGAAUUGGAGGAAAUCAUAUUGGAUAUGGGAGGAAGUGUCGACACUGCUGCAAUGUUUAUCAAAGAUCUCAGUAAGGAUCCUAAAAAUAUGAUCGAGUUCAUUAUUCGAUAUGGUCGUGGCUUAGAUGAACCUGCAGAGAAUAGGCAGCUUACAUCUGCCUUAACAAUCGGUUCUGGAUACUUCUUUGGAGGUUUUAUUCCACUAGUGCCUUAUUUCUUUACCACUACCGUCAGAACGGGUCUUCUGAUUUCUGUUUUGGUGAUGUUAUUUACGUUGUUUUGGUUUGGUUAUUUCAAAUCCAGGAUAUCUAUGGGUUCGGAGUGUGGGAAAUGGGAGUGUAUCACUGAAGGAUUCCAGAUGAUUAUGAUUGGCUCUUUGGCUGCUGGAUCUGCAUGGAUGUUGGUGUAUUUGAUUGAGUAA